AUGCAGACAAUCAUUCUCCACAAAGGCCAAAUUGGAACAACAACAAAUAACAAUAAUGACUUAAGACAGAAUGCCUUGGAACAAAUAGAAGUCUUGAUAACGCACUGCAGCGGUGCUCUUCGCUUUUUUAAAGCUGUGUCCACAACAGAGAGGCAAACUGUCAGCCUGAACGCUCCUGCCAGCCAACCCUUCUCGGUGGAGAGAGGGUGCGGCGAGGGGCAGAGGGGGUUCCGCGCAGACCGGCUGGCGGGCUGUGGAUGCUCCCGGCAGGCACGUUCUCUGCGCCGGUGUCGCCGGGCCAGCGGGGGAACCCCUCUGGUCCCUUCCAUUGCGCCGGGUCCCCGCACCGCACACGAGUUCGCGCCCAGGGCAGUGCCGCUGUGGCUGAGGCCAUGUGAGCGGUCGUGGGAGAAAAGGGGUCGCGGGAAGAGCCGGGAUGAAAACCAGCCUUAG